AAAAAGGUUUAUAAACUACGUGACAAUUUUCCAAUACUAAAAGGACCAAGUCCACAUAUUUCCAACAUAGAAAAAAAUUUAUAAGUAUAAGCUUAUUAAUAAAACUCAUCAUAUUAUAGAGAAUUUUCAUUUUUCUUCAAUACUUUGAAGCUAUGAAUCACAAAACAUUAUUCAUACUCUUUUUUGUCUUAAUCUUUUGUCUAUCCUCAACAAUGGCCUCUCGAAGAUUAUUAUCAGGUGGCAAUGGAGGCAGUAAAAUUGGUAUGCUACCUAAUCCCUCUAGAUCAGCUCCUUCAGCAACUGAACAACCACCACCAGGAGGAAAACCUUUAACCUAUCGUGCAUUACAAAAACCAAUAUGCAACGGGAAGGUAUAUGCCAGUUGUAUAGGACGAAAAGUUCCAGUUCGACGAUGCAAUUUGGGUGAAAGAUGUGAAAUGACUCCCUGAAAUUAUAGAGAGUCGGAGCUGAGAUUUAAAAUUUAUGAAUUAUGAAUUUAUUAUUAAAUUUAUAAUUCGUGUAAGUUAAUUACUUCUUUCGUUUCGUAUUAAUUGUCCUUCUUUUUAAAAAUAUUUGUUUUGAUUUAGUUGUUCAAAUUCUAAAAUUAAGAAUAUUUUAUACAUGUGUUUCUCAUUUUACCCUUA